UCCUAUCCUUACUUCUAAAAUAUUUGUAUUUGUAGAAACCAUAUGGUUCUACAAAUCAUAUCAACAAUUACAUAUAGACUUUAUGUAUAAUCAGAACAUGGUGGUCAAACUAUUUGGGCAGAUAAGAGCAGGUAAUCCACAAAGAGUAUUGCUCUGUUUUCUGGAAAAGGGCAUCGAGUUUGAAGUUAUCCAUGUCGAUCUCAAUACAUUUGAGCAGAAAAAACCAGAAUAUCUUCUUCGUCAGCCGUUUGGUCAAGUUCCAGCUAUUGAAGAUGGAGAUCUGAAGCUUUUUGAAUCACGAGCCAUAUCGAGGUAUUACGCGACCAAGUAUGCGGACCAAGGAACGGACCUAUUGGGCAAGACCUUGGAGCAACGAGCCAUCGUGGAACAGUGGAUGGAAGUUGAGGCUAACUACUUCAACGUUGUGGUUCUACCUUUAGUUAUAAACAUCGUGUUUACACCCAAGUUCGACAUUGCUUUGGUGGAAGAGCUAAAGGUCAAGCUCGAUAAGGUCCUGGAUGUAUAUGAGAACCAGUUAGCUACGAACCGGUACUUGGCUGGUGCUGAGUUCUCAUUGGCUGAUUUGACUCAUAUGCCCGGUAUGAGGUAUAUAAUGAAUGAAGCCGGUUUGGGGAGCAUGGUUACGUCUCGGGAGAAUGUUAACCGUUGGUGGAAUGAGAUUUCGGCUAGACCGGCUUGGAAGCAACUUAUGGAAAUGGCUGCUUAUUAAAUAAGUUCUAGUGUAUCAUUGUUGGUUUAUGAUGAUGAUGUGGUAUUCGGACCAAAUAAGUUUUUUUUAACAGUUUCUGUCUCCCCUAAAUAAAGUUUAAUCUCAUGUGUUAUUGUCUUUAUCA